UCCGGUAACCAAUGGUGCCGCGACGCUCGGGUGACUCCCUAGGGCGAUCUAUGCGCGACGUUGUAUGAUGCAACUUCUGAGUCUAGGAAGUCGCUGGAGCACGUUGGGGUGACGAGGCGGCGGCGUUUUGCAGACGAUGUCCUUGGAGGUGACCAGGGCGACCGCCGGGAUGGUUCUAGCGGAGCUGUAUGUCUCGGAUCGAGAGGGAAAUGAUGCUACAGGCGAUGGAACCAAGGAAAAACCUUUUAAAACAGGUCUAAAGGCUUUGAUGACAGUAGGCAAAGAACCGUUUCCUACCAUUUAUGUAGAUUCACAAAAAGAAAAUGAGAGGUGGGAUGUUAUUUCUAAAUCACAGAUGAAGAACAUUAGAAAAAUUUGGCAUAGGGAACAAAUGAAGAGUGAAUCCCGGGAAAAGAAAGAGGCAGAAGACAAUUUGCGAAGAGAAAAGAACCUGGAAGAAGCAAAGAAGAUCACCAUUAAAAACGAUGCGAGUCUUCCAGAGCCGAAAUGUGUGAAGAUUUGUGCAUUAGAAGGAUAUAGAGGCCAGAGAGUAAAGGUGUUUGGCUGGGUCCACAGGCUGCGCAGGCAAGGAAAGAAUUUAAUGUUUUUGGUGCUGCGGGAUGGUACAGGGUAUCUUCAGUGUGUCUUGUCAGAUGAUUUGUGUCAGUGUUACAAUGGAGUAGUCUUGUCCACCGAGAGUAGUGUUGCAGUGUAUGGAAUGCUAAAGCUUACCCCAAAGGGCAAGCAGGCUCCUGGGGGCCAUGAGCUGAGUUGUGACUUCUGGGAGCUGAUCGGGUUGGCCCCUGCUGGAGGAGCUGAUAACUUGAUCAACGAAGAGUCUGACGUUGAUGUCCAGCUCAACAACAGACACAUGAUGAUCCGGGGAGAAAACAUGUCCAAAAUCCUAAAAGCACGUUGCAUCGUCACCAGGUGCUUUAGAGAUCACUUCUUUGACAGGGGGUACUGCGAGGUAACUCCUCCAACAUUAGUACAGACACAGGUUGAAGGUGGUGCCACGCUCUUCAAGCUUAACUAUUUUGGAGAAGAGGCAUUUUUGACUCAGUCUUCUCAGUUGUACCUGGAGACCUGCAUUCCAGCUCUGGGAGAUGUUUUUUGUAUUGCACAGUCAUACAGGGCAGAACAGUCCAGAACGCGAAGGCACCUGGCUGAGUACAGUCACGUGGAAGCAGAGUGCCCCUUCCUGACCUUUGAGGAGCUGCUGAACCGAUUGGAGGACUUGGUUUGUGACGUGGUAGACAGAGUCUUGAAAUCUCCUGCAGCAAGCAUAGUGUAUGACCUCAACCCGAACUUCAAGCCCCCCAAACGGCCUUUCAAACGGAUGAACUAUUCAGAUGCUAUUGUGUGGCUAAAAGAACACAACAUAAAGAAAGAAGAUGGAACUUUCUAUGAAUUCGGAGAGGAUAUCCCGGAAGCUCCGGAAAGACUGAUGACAGACACCAUUAAUGAGCCAAUCUUGCUAUGUCGAUUUCCUGUAGAGAUCAAGUCCUUCUACAUGCAGCGAUGUCCUGAGGAUUCCCGCCUCACCGAAUCUGUUGACGUGUUGAUGCCCAACGUUGGUGAGAUUGUGGGAGGCUCGAUGCGUAUUUGGGAUAGUGAGGAAAUGCUAGCAGGUUAUAAAAGGGAAGGAAUUGACCCCACUCCCUAUUACUGGUACACAGAUCAGCGAAAAUAUGGCACAUGUCCUCAUGGAGGGUAUGGCUUGGGCUUGGAGCGAUUCUUAACCUGGAUCCUGAAUAGGUACCACAUCCGGGAUGUUUGCUUAUACCCUCGGUUUGUCCAGCGCUGCACGCCGUAAGGGAGUCCUCCUGAGCCAUUAAAAGAAUGCGGUUCAUGAAAGGAACAGGCCAUCUCUUUAAAAAAAACAAAAAGCCCAAAUCUUCCCGUUUUUAUCCUGCUGGAGUAUAUUCGUUUCUGUUUUCUCUUUUUGUUUUCUCUUGCUACUACCACAAAAAGUAACAAAUCACUUGAAUGUCGGGUGACAUUGAUGUUGUCAUUUUAAGAAAAAAUAUCCACUACAAAGUUUGGGAGAAAUAUGUGACAUAUAACACAGCAUUUUAUCCAAUGAUAGGUUAUAAUCUUUGCAUCGUUAUGUACCAUGUAUAUAAUUAAACAGUUUUUAAUUAUGGUCUAAGACAUUCCAGUAACUUAAUCUUUAUGUCCCUUUAAGUGUAACUGGAAUUCUUAAUUUAUAUCACUUUAUUGUAUCAAUGAGUUAAAACAAACAUCUUGGGGGACAAUUGAUGAUAUGGUGUAGAAAUCUGCUAGAAUUAGAACAGAGUAUAAUUCAGCAGUAGAUACUGGAGUCAAAUGAGGACAGUCUUUUGCAUUAGUUACUAAUCUUUUCUAAAUCUGUACACUGCUUCUAAUUCUAAGGCAUACGAAUUGAUAUGGAAGAAUUUGCAAAAAUGGAAUUGUUUUAAACAGUCUGAAGUAAGGGCAAAUUUUUUCUUUUUGUACUUCAGUGAACAGCAUCCUUCCUAGCAUUAGUGUAAGCUAAAGAGGCAGAGUGAUCUUCCCUCCUUCCUCGUAGUUCCUAAGUAAUUAAGAAUAAAGAAGUUCCAAAAGAAUUUGCAGCUAGAAUCUUAAUGACAACUGUAGUUGCUGUUUGAGUCACCCCACGCUGUGUCUUCAGAUCUAAUCUGUGCUACCUUACUAACUCUCAGCAGGCUUAUUGAAUGACUUCAUUUCAGAUUUGGUUAAUUUCUCCCAAAAAUGCAUGUCAUGUAUUCUCAAUAGGCUGUAUUCCCAGCAAUUAAUAAAGAGACACACAUAAAAACUC